AUGGAGUGGGUAGCGGAGUCGGCAGCUGCGUGGCUGGACGAUCUGCCACAAGACCAAACCCUCAGGAAAGCUGCUCAGCCUGAAGGCCUGUACCAUCUCGGCCUUAAGUGCCCGGGGCCGGGAAGGGUCGUUGACGGAUUAGUGCAGGGUACGCAGGUGUGCUCAAAUGACGCGAUAAUCUCGUUCGAGACAGGUGUUUUUUACAGAGAUCGUUCGAGAGACCAUAUUGGGCUCAAAUGCCGAUGCCCAUCCUGCAAUGGGCGGUUCAUGUUUAACAGUUUUUUGAGGACUCAUUAUCUGGAAGCAGGUGCUAGCCAGAGAAUAUGCAGUCGUCAAAGCUGCAUCAGCACUGUGUGGGAGGGCUCAAAAUUCUGCCAUAGACACUUCCUUGCUUGGACGCCAGACCUCCUCAUCGACGAUAAAACCGCAAUUGAUGAGCUGAGGAGUUUGUUCGAGAAAGCGGCUUCUGAGCAGUGGCGCCCCGAGACAGAAAUAAUGGCCGACCUCAUAAUGAGAAUGGAAUCCGACAGCACGGCCGACAUCCGGGCUUCCGAGAUGGUUUGUAUCGACCUAGAAACCAACCUUUUUUCCCGGGAGGUGCUUCAAAUCGGCCUCACUGACCUAGAAGGGAGAGGAGUACUCGAUUGUCUUACUGAAUACGGUGAUGGAAGCAUCGCGCCUUCCUCAUCGCGCCUCUCUGCACCGGCAACUUGGCGGCAAAUUGAGUGGAAAAAGAAGGUCAAAGCCUAUUUUACGCACGAUGGGACCCUUGAUGCAAAAGGGGUCGUUGAAAAACUCCAAUACUUCGGUAUUUCCAACAAACCCUUUUUCCUGUCUUGGGCAUCAUGGUGCUUCGACCUGUCUUAUUUGAGAGACUGGCUGAGGCAAGAAGGUUAUCGAAACGUCCUCCCCGGGGAUGGGAAUGUCUGGUUGCUUCUCUCUGAGUUCCGCAAAAACGUGGAGAGGGCGAUUGGUACCACCUGCUACCGAGACAGGGGAUUUCCUCUAUCCCUGCCUGUGGUGUUUACGGUGCUCUUCGGAGAUAACCACCCUCUCUCGGGGCGCAACCACAAUGCACUGGUGGACGCCCAGCAAUUAUCCCUGAUGGCAAGGCUGUUCAUCGACCUUUGCAAAGCCCCUGACAAGCGGGUUCACUGGCAGGAAUCGGGAAUCAAGGGACUGGGCAUGGGGAAGAGGCAGAAAUUGGUGGAGGAGUACUUCCCUAAGGAGAGUCCAAAGAAAAAGGCAAGGGCUUCCUAA